CUCGAUCCUCCGGAUCCGAACAGAGUCAGACUCCGGUGAUCAUCAGCUGCCACCAUGCCGACAGUCAGCGUGAAGAGAGAUCUGCUCUUUGAAGCUCUGGGACAAACAUACACGGAUGAAGAAUUUGAUGAACUGUGUUUCGAGUUUGGCCUCGAGCUGGACGAAAUCACGUCAGAGAAGGAAAUCUUAAGCCGUGAGCAGGGAGAUGAGAAGGCCGAGGGGGCGUCUGAUGUUGUGCUGUAUAAGAUCGACGUUCCAGCCAACCGCUAUGAUCUGCUGUGUCUGGAGGGUCUCGUCAGGGGUCUGCAGGUCUUCAAGGAGAGGAUGGAAGCUCCCCGGUAUAAAUGUGUGAGUCCGGCAAAUGGAGGAGAGCCUCAGCGGCUGGUCAUAACAGAGGAGACGGCGUCUGUGAGGCCUCACGCUGUAGCCGCUGUUCUGCGCAACAUCACUUUCACUCAGGAGCGAUACGACAGCUUCAUAGAGCUGCAGGAGAAACUGCACCAGAACGUCUGCAGGAAAAGGACGCUGGUUGCCAUAGGAACUCAUGAUUUGGACACCAUCUCCGGUCCAUUCACUUACACAGCCAAAGCGCCCGCAGAUAUCCGCUUCAAACCACUCAAUCAGAGCAAAGAGUACAACGCCACUGAGAUCAUGAGUCUCUAUAAGACUGACAGUCAUCUGAGGCACUACCUGCAUAUCAUCGAGAACGAACCUCUCUACCCCAUCAUUUAUGACAGCAAUGGAGUCGUCCUGUCGAUGCCGCCCAUCAUCAACGGGAACCACAGCAAAAUCUCAUUAAACACAAAGAAUGUUUUCAUUGAGUGCACGGCCACAGACCUCACAAAGGCAAAGAUCACGCUGGACAUGAUAGUGACCAUGUUUAGUGAAUACUGCGAGGACCCGUUCACGGUUGAGGCAGCUGAGGUUGUUUAUCCUGAUGGCAGAUUGUGUGUGUAUCCGGAGCUGGCGUACAGGACGGAGACACUGUCUGGGGACUUCGUCAACAAAAAAGUUGGGAUCAAUGAAUCAGCAGAAAGCAUCGCUCAGCUGCUGACCCGGAUGUGUUUGAGGUCAGAGGUCAGCGGCGAGGGCGAUCACAUCCAGGUUGAGAUCCCGCCCACACGCUCCGAUGUCAUCCACGCCUGUGACAUCAUGGAGGACGCUGCCAUAGCGUACGGCUUCAACAACAUCGUCAGGAGCACGCCACGCACGUACACAGUAGCCAAUCAGCUCCCUCUAAAUAAACUGACAGAGUUACUGAGGCAAGACCUAGCAGCCGCCGGCUUCACUGAAGCUCUGACAUUCGCUCUGUGUUCACAAGAAGAUAUCGCAGAUAAACUUGGGAAAAACAUAGCAGAAAUCAAAGCAGUCCACAUCUCUAACCCAAAGACCGCAGAGUUUCAGGUGGCGCGCACCUCUCUUCUUCCUGGCCUCCUGAAAACGGUCGCUGCCAACAGGAAGAUGCCCCUUCCUCUGAAACUGUUCGAGAUUUCAGACGUCGUCCUGAAGGAUGAUACAAAAGACGUAGGAGCCCGUAACAACAGGCGUCUCUGUGCCGUUUACUACAACAAGAGCCCGGGGUUUGAAGUCAUCCACGGACUCCUGGACCGGGUCAUGCAGCUGCUGGAUGUCAAACCAGGCCGUAACCAAGGAUACCACAUCCAGGCGGCAGAGGACUCCACCUUCUUCCCUGGCCGCUGCGCUGAGAUCUUUUCACGUGGCAAAAGCAUCGGACACCUCGGGGUCCUUCACCCUGAUGUCAUCAAUCGUUUUGAGCUGACCAUGCCUUGCUCUGCCAUCGAUAUUGACAUUGAGCCCUUCCUGUGAUGUCAUAAUGCUAAUUAUCUUAGCCACACCCCUCCAGUUCGGUCAGUGUCUUUGCUCCUCCUUUAGAAGCGACAUCCACACAUUACUGGCUGCUUAUCUUUAGGAGAAUGAGUUAGCGGCAUGUUACUGUAUGUGUCAAAAUAAAUCACUGUUUUAAUAAACCUCAGCUUGUCCACUGCUAGUAUGUUACUUACUAUGGAACAUUUUACAACAUAGCAACCAAUAAAUGUGGAUGAAUAAACCGAAACCGUUUUA